AUGCGCAGUGUAAAUGUGCGGUCAGCACUGCUACUGGGACCCCAGGACUGUACAGCUAUCAACAGAGUGAAACACCUGCCUGAGAAAGCUGCAGACACCAGUGUGCAACUUGAUCUCAAGAGAGCUGGAGCAUGGGUUGGAAAAGCACCAAAGGAUAGGUUAUGCCGAAGAGAUGUAGGGAUGAGCGACACAGCAAUGACGUCUUUCCUUGGCUGCUGUUUGGAUCUUCUUCAGACUUUAAUGGAGGCAGAUGUUAACAGGGAUGAAAUGCAGGCACCUGUCCUGGAUACUGAGGAUGCCUGGCUUUCUGUGGAAGGACCGAUCUCAAUAGUGGAGCUAGCCCUUGAACAGAAGCACAUCCACUACCCACUGGUGGAACACCAUUCCCUCCUGUGCUCUGUCCUGUACGCGGUCAUGAGGUUUUCUCUCAAGAUUGUGAAGCCACUUUCACUUUUUGAUAGUAAGGGAAAAAAUGCAUUUUUCAAAGACCUAACUUCAAUUCAGUUAUUACCUAGUGGGGAAAUGGAUCCAAAUUUUAUUUCUGUACGACAACAGUUCUUAUUGAAAGUUGUUAGUGCAGCUGUCCAGGCCCAGCAUUCAGGUGCAAAGGACAAAGAUUCCUCAGAAGAAGCAAUGACCACUCCUUUUGGGAAAGACCAAGAUUGGCCAGUUCUAGCCGUGGAUUUAGCCCAUCACCUUCAAGUUAGUGAAGAUGUUGUUAGAAGGCAUUAUGUGGGGGAACUCUAUAACCAUGGAGUUGACCACUUAGGAGAAGAGGCCAUUCUACAGGUUCAUGACAAAGAGGUCCUUGCCUCUCAGCUGCUGGUGUUGACAGGACAAAGGCUGGCUCAUGCACUGCUCCACACCCAGACAAAAGAAGGCAUGGAGCUGCUUGCCAGACUCCCCCCCACGCUCUGUACUUGGCUGAAAGCAAUGGACCCCCAGGAUCUUCAAAACACUGAAGUGCCAAUUGCAACAACAACUAAACUAGUAAAUAAAGUAAUUGAGCUUUUACCAGAAAAACACGGGCAGUACAGUCUAGCCUUACACCUCAUUGAAGCUGUGGAAGCCAUCUCUCUUCCUUCUUCCUGACACUUAUCUACUGAACAUAGUCUGAAAUUGUGUGACCUAGUGCAUGGCUAUUUUACAUAGUGAGAUCUGGAAUUUUAUGGAGGGAGUAUGUUUUUUUUUUCUUUUGUAAAAUGAAGAUAUAUAUUACUUUUAAAAAGUGCUGUCCUGGCUAAAUUCCACUCCCCACUCCUUUGGUUAAUACUGAAGAUAAAAUAUAAACAAAUAUCUAUUGUACUAUAAUUACAAAUACAGAUGUUUUACUGUUUAUUUCUAACUCAAACACUUAAGUAGCAUUAUUGUUAAACUUUACUAUUUAAAAUUGGUUAUAAUUUACAGACUGUGUUAUUAUGAGAUUCUAUAUUUCUUAUCUAAAAUGUUAUUGCUGUAAUUAAAUUUAAAUGUGUUCAUGUACAGUCCCCAUCAGUAAGGUUAGAGAAACAUCCCACUCCCUUUAAUAAAUGUUAAGAAAAUGCUUUUGUUACACGUGCUUCAUCCCCUUCUGGGCUGCCACCUGGGGGUUCUGGAGGCUGAUAGGUUCCUUGUCCAGAGGCUCUGCUGUUGCCGUCAGAGGAGGAUGACCUUGCUUGAGGAGGAAGAAUGGGUUCGAGGUCAUCAUAUUCAUCAGAAGGGACACUAAAUAGAUCCCGUAACCUGUUCUUGCCAAAACUGAGCAUCUGAGAUGCAAACAACACAGCAAAAUUCAUUAUAAUGUAAGUUUUGUUUUUUUGCCACUUUGCAAAGUUGUAUCCACAUCAGGUAACUGUAAAAAUAUAUUAUCUUGUAAAA